UCGUCAUUGUGCGACUGAUGUUUACAGAAAUCCAGCAGGCAGCAAAUAUCAGAUGUUUUAAUCCCGACCUCAGCAGACUAGGAGUAGAUUUGAUCACGAGCGCAUGGACACACCUGUAAAGAGCAAACCAGAUGACCACAUUUUAUUAAAUAUCUGUCGUUUUAAGCGUCGAUAUUGUGGACGAAUGCUGGAGGAUGUGAACGCCACAAAGUUUUGAAAGGUGAAAUUCACCUGGGAAAAAAAUAUUAUUUGAAAGCCUUAUGUCAGUCUUAAUGUGAUGGAGGGAGAAGGAGAUCUGGAGACACUCGGUGAACAACUGUACACUCGAAUUUACCCCAAACACAAAGAUAAUGCUGGUAAACUCACAGGUAUGUUGCUGGAGCUGCCUCGUCAUGUGCUGAGUCAGAUGCUGCAGGAUGAAGCCCUGCUGUGUGCAGCAGUGGAGAAAGCAUGCAGAGCCCUACAGCUGACACAGGAGCCAAGUCGAGUGACGAGCAAGGAUGAUGACGAUGUGUCUGUGUCCUCUGACUCUCUUGGGGAGCAGCUGUUUGACAUGGUGGAUGUCUACAACACUGGCCACUCACAGAAAAUAACAGGAAUGCUGCUGGAGCAGCACAAAGAUGCAGUUUUAAGGCUACUUUCUGAUCCUAAACUGCUGGAGGAGCAGGUGAACGUAGCUCUGGAGACACUAAAGAAGCAGAAUGAGCAGACAGACUUGUUGGAUGCUGACGACACAGAGAAACUGGGAGAGAGGCUCUUCUCACUGGUGGAGGAGAUAGAUCCUCUUCAUGCAAAUGAUAUUACAGGAAUGUUACUGGAGAUGGAAGCAACUGUUCUUCAAGAGCUGCUCAGCAACCCUGGAAUGCUGAAGGUCGCUGUUCGGAAAGCACAAGCAGCUUUAGACACUGGACAAUGACCUUUUACAAGUGGAACAGCACUAAUGACUUGGUUAAAGUGAUAAUAGGAAGAGCUGACACCUCACGCCAGGCAAUCAUCCAGCUAUCACAGUUUUAUGCUGAUCAUGAAGUGUGUUGCCAGUUGUCUUGUGAGUGGACCAACAGGAAACAGUCCACCUACUUUUAUAUUUGGGAAUUUAUCUUUUCAGAUAAAAGGACUGAAGAAAAGUGCCAGUGUCAAACACCCAUUACAAGACAUACGUCACUGUACGACUAUUAUUAUGUUGCCAACAGUCAUGUUAGAGACUAAACUGCAUCUUCUUGGAUUUUUGUAACAAAGCAAUAACUGUUGCCAACAGAAAAAAACAUAAAAUUACAGUGUUAAUAAUCAAAGGAAUAUUCAUAUUUCCCUUGCUGCAGCUCAGAUUGUUGUUAAACGUGGCUUUGUGGAUGGAGAUGUUGGUUCUGGUAGAAUACUACUUUGGUUCCGGCUGACUAUUCUCUACUAUUCUCUAUUAACUACAAAUGCCAUUGUGUGCAGACAUUUGUGUUCCUCCGAGGAUAAAUGCUACUAACUUUUACAACCCUUUAAGUUUCUAUUCCUCUGCCAUCAUGGAUUUGAAAUUUGACUUGCUAAAACUAAACUCUCUGAGGUUUGGCUUUUUCUUUAUGUUCAAUGUCAAAUAACAAAUAACUUGCAUAUAAAACUAUGAUGGUGAAUGUGCAUGAACAGUAUGGGAAAUAAUAAUAAUUAAAAAGAAUUCUAGUAAA